ACCACGUGGCUUGGCUCAGAUUCUUACAGCAUCAGUGUGACAUUAGCACCGUAUUAAGCGAAAGCAGAUGCUGAAUCUACUUAUUUGAUAGCUUGAAUGCUUGAUUUGCCGAGAGCAACUUCACAACUUUGCGUUCCAUGUCUCCAGAUGACGUCGAUGUAACGGCAGGCGGCAUCGUUGAUACACCACACACUCACGCUCAUGUUUGUUCAGAGAAUCGUGCCAGUGCUACAAAAGGAUUCUUAAUGCCUCAAAGUUUUGCAAAGAAUGAAAACAUUGAAGCUUCACCUGAAACUGAGAAAUGUCAUUUUUGUAUUUGGAACACUGGGACUUUUAUGCAUCACCGUCAUAUUUUUAAGAGGAAAUGGAGAAAGACAAGAAACAGGACUGCCCUUGAGGCAGCAGCUGACAGUAAAAUAUGGCAUUAACUGCACUAAAAUAUAUGAAAUGGAACCAGUGGAGCUGGGCAAAUCCUUAAUCAUCCGCAAGCAAAAAAUCUACAAAGGAGUAACUGAUGCAGCUAUCGCAAAUGCCACCAUCGAUUGCGGUUGGUUUGUAUCAUCACAGGGCUACAAUGCUAUUCAGGUCACUGAGGCUGAGCGUGAAUUUCCUCUUGCUUACUCUUUAGUUGUUCAUCAAGAUGCAGCUCUUGUGGAAAGACUCCUGAGGGCCGUUUAUGUGCCGCAUAACAUCUACUGCAUACAUUAUGAUCGAAAGUCCUCUUCUGACUUUAUGUCAGCAAUGAAUGGUCUGGCGUAUUGCAUCCCAAACGUCUUCAUUGCCUCAAAACUGGAGAGAGUUCAGUAUGCAGGAAUCUCACGACUCAGAGCGGAUCUGAAUUGUCUGUCAGACCUCCUUGACUCUGAAGUCAAAUGGAAGUACGUCAUCAACCUGUGCGGUCAAGAUUUCCCACUGCGGACAAACGCUGAGCUGGUGUCGGAUCUGAAGAUGCUGAAAGGGAGGAACAUGGUGGAAAGCAAGUGGCCUGGAGGAAAGAAAAACCGCUGGAGUGUUCAUCAUCUGCUGAAAAAGAAUGAUUCAGAGUACUACGAUUUUCCAGUCAGCUCUUCAGAGGAGAAAUCUCCACCACCUCACAACAUAGAGAUGUUUGUAGGCAGCGCUUACUUUACUCUCUCAAGAGAAUUUGUGUAUUUUGUUCACUGGAGUUCCCUUGCCAAAGAUUUCCUGGCCUGGUCUGAGGAUACAUACUCACCUGAUGAACAUUUCUGGGCGACUCUGGUUCGUGUGCCUGGAGUGCCCGGUGAGGUGCCGAGAUCUGAUCCGGAAAUCUCCGAACUGAUCAGUAAAACUCAUCUGGUGAAGUGGUCAUAUUUAGAAAAUGAUCUUUACCCACAAUGCACUGGAGCCAGUGUACGUUCUGUCUGUAUUUAUGGUGCUGCUGAGCUCAGAUGGCUCUUAAACUAUGGCCACUGGUUUGCUAAUAAAGUGGAUCCCACUGUGGAUCCUGUUCUUAUUGAAUGUUUAGAAGAAAAGCUUGCUGAAAAACGGCAGAGACUUGCAGUGAAUUGACCUUGUUUUACCAUGGUGAAAUUUUGCAAUAUAAAACGUUUAAAACAAUUUAAAGUUGAGCCAUUUACUGCGGAAAAUAGUUUGAAAAUGCACUUUAUGUUGUUAUGAAAGUGUUUCUUAAAAGGUGAUUCAGCCAACAUGAUGUGCAAUUUUCUAGUGAUAAAACAUUUAAGGAUUUGAUGAGAGACCAAAUGUGAAUUUUAUUAUGUCGGUUUACAUUUACACACUCUGUUUUCAGCUAAAAAAUAAUAAUGAAAAACUAUAUAUGCCUUUUGGGCUGUUUUAUUUUAUUUUGAGGAACAUGAGGAUGAACACUUCUUAAAAAGCAGAAGGUUUAAAACAUGAUACAUAAACACCCAUGCACACAAAAGCAAAUUGAUAAAUGAGUGUGUUCAGUCUACAAGCAUGUGAGUGUGAGAACCUGACAACCAAAACAACAAUGCUGGACUAAAGAGCAUGUGUGUCAGAAAAUAUAUAUGUUAAAUUACUAACUUAUGUUCUUAUCAUGUUACAAAACCAAAUCUUAUCUCUGGUUAAAAAAUCUAAAAUUUAAAAAUCAUCCAUGUUCGCCGGAUUUCCGCCAGGUGCUUCAAUUUCCUCCACAGUCCAAAGACAUGCGCUAUAAGUGAAUUGAAAAAAUUGUCCGUAGUGUGUGUAUAAGAGUGUGUAUAGGUGUGUCCCAGUACUGGGUUGCAGUUGGAAGGGCAUCCACUGUGUAAAGCAUACACUGGAAUAGUUGGCAGUUCAUUCCACUGUGGUGACCUCUGAAAUAAAGACUAAGCUAAAGUAAACUGAAUGAAUGAAAUUGUGUCAUCAAGAUUGAAAAUCUACUGUCAGAACUGUUACCAGCAACCAACUCUGCGCAGCUAAUGAGUUAGCUCAAACAAACUGGAUUAUUAACUAGUCACUUGCACUAUAACUGGUAAUGCUCUGUGAUGCUUUUGUUUUUUGGUCUCUGUAUUGCUGUUUGCAGUUCCUGUAAAUAUGUUGGACAGCAGUCUGUAAUUACUUCUACAUUUUUUUAAAAACUACUUCAGGGUCCAUUUUUAGUCUCUCAAAACAUUUGAUCACAAUUUUGAAUAUGAUUACAAUGGAUCAGGCAGAUAGAUAGAUAGAUAGAUAGAUAGAUAGAUAGAUAGAUAGAUAGAUAGAUAGAUAGAUAGAUAGAUAGAUAGAUAGAUAGAUAGAUAGAU